UCAUUUGACUAUGCGGUCGUCUGAUUGGCGUUUGGCUUUAUUGACAGAUAUUCUAUCCAAUGGCUGACGCUGUUGCUGGGACGCGGUCCUUACAGCAUUGAAGCUAUGAAGCUUGUAUUUAGUUCGUCAGCUUUAGUGCACUGUCGCUAGAAAGAUGUCCCGAGAACAGCUCGUCGUUGAAAGGACCAGGAAGGCGUUUCUCACAGGAAGUACCAAACCACUGAAGUUCAGGAUCCAGCAGCUCCAGUGUCUGCUUCGCUUCAUCACAGAGAGACGCAAAGAUAUUGCAGAUGCUGUUCACAAAGACCUUUACAAGAGCGAACAUGGGACAGAGCUGUUCGAGACCCUGGGACUAGAAGGUGACAUCCAGCUGGCCAUCGAGAAGGUGUGGGAGUGGGCAGCUCCUCGGCCGGUGGAGAAAACUCUCCUCACUAUAUCAGAUGAGGUCUACAUCCGUCCAGAGCCUCUGGGAGUGGUUCUCAUUAUUGGAGCGUGGAACUACCCUUGGGCUGUGACACUGAAGCCACUAGUUGGCGCCAUAGCUGCAGGUAACGCAGCAGUAAUAAAGCCGUCAGAGAUCAGCUCACACUCUGCCAAGCUCAUGGAAGACCUCCUCCCUCUGUAUCUGGACAAGGAUCUGUACCCAGUAGUGACAGGCGGAGUGACAGAGACCCAGGAGCUGCUGAAGCAGAGAUUCGACCACAUUUUCUACACAGGAAACUGCACAGUUGGUAAAUUGGUGAUGCAGGCUGCGGCUCAGCACCUCACCCCCGUCAGCCUGGAACUGGGAGGAAAAAGUCCCUGUUUCAUCGACAAGAACUGCGACCUCAAUGUCGCAUGUCGCCGAAUCACGUGGGGGAAAUUUGUCAACUGUGGUCAGACGUGUAUCGCUCCGGACUACAUCUUGUGUGAAGCCUCGAUCCAGAGCAGAGUAGUGGAAGAGAUUAGAAAGUGCAUUAAGGAGUUUUACACGGAAGAUCCAAAGACCUUUAAGGACUACGGCCGCAUUGUCAACCAGCGGCACUUCAGAAGGGUCGUGGCUCUGAUGGAGGGCAGCACAGUGGCUCUGGGUGGAGACAGGGAUGAAUCCCAGUGUUACAUAGCACCAACCGUUCUCAAAGAUGUAACAGGAACAUCGACAGUGAUGACGGAGGAGAUCUUUGGGCCAGUCCUGCCCAUCAUCACAGUGAGCGGUUUGGACGAGGCCAUCGGCUUCAUCAAUGAGAGAGAGAAGCCGCUGGUCGUCUACGUUUUCUCUCAUGACAAAAAGCUGAUCCGAAGAGUGAUCACCGAGACUUCUAGUGGAGCUCUGCUGGCUAACGACUGUCUGGUCCACGCCACCGUCAGCGCCCUGCCGUUUGGAGGAGUAGGUAACAGCGGUAUGGGCUGUUACCAAGGGCGGCACGGCUUCGAUCGGCUGAGCCACCUGCGAAGCUGCCUCAUCAAGAAGCUGAACAUGGAGGCGGUGAACAGCAUGAGGUAUCCUCCGCACACAGCCAAGAAAAUGGGCUGGGUUCGAUUCUUCCUGUUCAAUCAGGUCAGCGUGUGCAGACUGCGUCGAAUGGCUCUUCUCACUCUGGUCACAGUGGUGGCAGGGUUCCUUGUCCAGCGCCGCGUGCGUCGGAUCGGAUGAGAAAGGACCGCGGCCUGUGUUGAACCCUGAUCCUUGGACACCGGUGUAGACACCUGACCUGCAGUGAUACCAACCACACCUGCCAUUUAUCUAGGUUAUCCUGUCCAUUUUAUGUCCAACAUGAUCAUCUGCUUCGAUGGAAAAAAAAAAGAUUUUAUUGUCUGAUGUCUCAACAUGUCAAUCACACAAUCAAUAAUUAACUUUGAAGCUUCUAAUGUUUACAGUAACAGAUUGUUUGAUUGCGCUCAAAAAUUAGUGUCAUUUUUUUUUCAUUUUACAGUUUUAUCUGACUUUAAAACAGUAAAAUCAAAUCACUCAUUGGACCAUGUACAGAAAACUAAAAUAAAACCAAUCAUAAUAUGUAAAAGAAAAAGUAAAUAAGUUUGCAAAAAAAUGUUUUAUUUAUGUUAGCACUAAUAUAUAUUAAGAAAAUAUUUCUGAGAAUAAAUGAUGUCUACUUGUGUGUAGUCAGUGCUCCAGAAUUAGAAAAAUAAUCUCCUGAUAACUGUUAAGUUAUUAUAAGCCACUAGUUUGCAUUAGUGGCUUAUAAUUAACCCAGUCAAUCAUUUUACAACCCGUCGAUAUGAGUGAAUAUUUAGCUCAGAUACAGGCUGUUAAAAAAAACAAAACCAGUGCUUAUAAAAUGUUUGUAUGUUUAUGACUAAAUGGACUGUCAGUGUGUGAAUGUGUGUGUGUGGGUCGGGGGUGGUCUUCUGUCAGAGUCAGUGACGUUGAAGCGUGUCUGACAUCUGAGCUGCUCUCGUAUCAGAGUAGAAUCUCACAGACGGAGACACAGAAGCUGCUCUGCACUGAGGUAAGAACAACAACAUUUAAUUCAUGUCAUAACUUUGCUGUUUUGAUGAUGAAUAGUUUGCGUUUUGUCUUAUAAUCUGUUUGUUGUCAAGUGUAAACAAAUGAAGAUUAAUGACAAUGAUGGAACUUUGGAACAGAAAUUUAAUUCAUUGUUCAAAGUGUUGACUUGUUCUAGGUCUGAAUAUCAGGAUUGUCAAUAACAAUUAUAUUGUGAAAUGUUGGUAGUCAGGAGAAGUCUUUGUCAGUUAACCAACAUUAUUGAGUCAUGUAACCGACAUGGUUUAACACACGUAACUCACGUAAAUCUGUUUAUUACCUGAAGUCGAAACUAAAUCUGAUAUAAACAUCAUCCCAAUGUAAACGUGUUUCCUGGUCUAAUGUCUCCAUGGUCUGGACCAUGUGUGUGUGUUUGAUGGUAACAUCUUUUCCAAAGAUUUAUUAGUUUAACAACAUUUAUUCUGCAGAACAUUUACUCAUCUGUGUUUUCAUAUUGAAAAGCUAGAACCGUGAUGCUUCUGCUUUAUUAUUUAUUUUUUAGAUCUUUAGAUA